CCAAAACUGUAAUUAAGUUGCAAUUAGGUGACAUGGGACUUAGCAUAAGUGACUCUAUUUUGAGCCUGAAGUCUCUCUUUCUUUCUCUCUUUUUUAAUGUUUAUUUGAGAGCCAGAGAGAGAUACUGCAGGUGGGGGAGGGGCAGAGAGAGAGAAUCCCAAGCAGGCUCUGAACUUCCAGUGCAGAGUCAGACUCAGGGCUUGAUCCCACGAACCGUGGGAUCAUGACCUGAACUGAAAUUAAAUCGAGUGAGACGCUUAACUGUCUGAGCCACCCAAAGCGCCUCCUGGUGUCUCGUUUUUAAAUAGUCCAAAUUAUAUGAAUAUAGCUAAAUAAAAAUCCUACUCUGUAAUAAUAGCAAAUGCCAUUUUGUUGUGUGCGGUCUUCAGGCAUGAUUAUUCUGUUCUCACUGUGAAUGGUGUUUUUUACACAUGAUAAAGCAGGCUAGCAUAUUCACAUACGUUACAGCUAGAAUAAUCCAUUGCUUUAAACAUAUAAUUUUUAAGUGUUUUUUAGAUUUAAUGUUCAACAAAAAUUUUUUCAUAAGUAACUGAAAAAAAUAUAGUGGCUACUGUAGACUGUAAAUGAAGGAGAAGCUUAGCUUUACUGUGAAGUCUGAGUCUGGGUGUAACCUAACUAGCUAGAGGAUAUGCAAUUCCUGAUUGACAGCAGGACCAGCAUUAUGCAGAUUUUGUAAGAGAACAGCAGCUCAGAAAACAGUGAUUAGGGGCUCUGUUAGGAAUCACUACAUUCAUCACUCAUCUUUAGUUUUUCAUUUCCCUGUCUACUGGAUUUGUAAACAAAUAGCACAAAACAGUUCCUCUUUUGUUUUUAUUAAAGUGGUACUGCAAUGCAGUUUCAGUCUAUCAGCUAGGCAUACAUGUGUGGAAAUACGAUAUUCUCACUAAAUUAGCUAAUUUUUAGCUGUGUUCCCUGUUUAUCUCUAGACCUUUGUGUAUUAAAUCCUAUCUCGAGCUGUUCUCUUUAUACACAAGUGUGUUUUGCUUGUGCCUUCCUGUCUUCUUCAGUGAGAAGCUUUAUGUAGGUCAGGCUUGGCUUAAGCAGAUUUCCUGAACCUGCGUCAGCUUAAGCUGGAGGAAUUUUAAUAAACCCUCCCCUGUAGGCGUGGGCCUAAAUGAGGCUAGCCUAGUUAAGCCUGAUCUUUUUCUGUUUGUGAAAAGAGCUGAGCAGAGCUGAAGGCUGCAUGGUGGUUUCAGAAACUGCCUACUUAAUUUGAAAAGAACAAUGGUAGGAAAGGCUAGAUCUUCCAAUUUUACCUUAUCUGAAAAGCUUGAUUUGCUAAAGCUUGUGAAGCCAUAUGUUAAAAUUCUCGAAGAACACACUAAUAAACAUUCAGUAAUAGUGGAAAAGAAUAGAUGUUGGGAUAUCAUAGCAGUAAACUAUAAUGCAAUUGGAGUAGAUCGCCCUCCUCGAACAGCCCAGGGCCUACGCACCCUUUACAAAAGGCUCAAAGAAUAUGCCAAACAGGAGCUAUUGCAGCAAAAAGAGACCCAAUCAGAUUUUAAAAGCAAUAUUUCUGAGCCAACCAAGAAAGUUAUGGAGAUGAUUCCCCAGAUUUCCAGUUUUUGCCUGGUAAGAGACAGGAACCACAUUCAAAGUGCAAACUUGGAUGAGGAAGCACAGGCUGGUACGAGUUCACUACAGGUAAUGUUGGAUCACCAUCCAGUUGCUAUUACAGUGGAGGUGAAGCAAGAAGAAGACAUUAAGCCCCCUCCUCUACUGGUUUUAAAUUCUCAACAGAGUGAUAUUUUAGAGCAAAGAGAAGACCAUGAAUUAGUACAUGUUAUGGAAAGAUCUUUGUCGCCGUCACUUUCCUCUGUUGACAUGAGAAUGACCUCGUCUCCAUCUUCUAUCCCAAGGAGAGAUGAUUUUUUUCGGCAUGAGCGUGGAGAACACUUUAGGACACAGUUAGGGUAUGACCCUCAGAUUCUGCAAAUGCUGAAAGAAGAGCAUCAGAUAAUUUUAGAAAAUCAAAAAAAUUUUGGAUUGUACGUUCAGGAGAAGAGGGAUGGAUUGAAAAGAAGGCAGCAGCUAGAGGAAGAGCUGCUAAGAGCAAAAAUUGAAGUGGAGAAGUUGAAAGCAGUUCGCUUACGGCAUGAUCUGCCUGAAUUUCACUCAGCCCCUAAAGAAAUUACAGUGCCUAAGAGACAAGAAGAGGAAGAACCUGAUAGCCUAGUUAAAUAUUUCAGUGUUGUUUGGUGUAAGGCUUCAAAGAAAAAACACAAAAAGUGGGAAGGUGAUGCUGUUCUCAUUGUAAAAGGAAAGUCAUUUACAUUAAAGGAUUUGGAAGGCAAAGACAUUGGAAGAGGCCUUGCAUAUAAAUUCAAAGAGCUUGAAAAGAUUGAAGAGGGCCACAGAGUGAUGAUUGGUGGAAAAGAAGUAGAAGUCAUGGGCAUAAUCUCUCCAGAUGAUUUCAACAGUGGCAGAUGUUUUCAACUUGGAGGAGGAAGCCUUGCUAUCUCAAGUUCUUCUCAGGCUGCCAAGAAGUGUUUCUCUAACCCCUUCAAAAGUGUUUGUAAACCAAGUUCAAAGGAAAAUAGACCAAACGGUUUCCAAGAUUGUAAACCACGUCAUGACCCACAUGCACAAAAUUCUCUUGUAAUGUCGCGACCAGACAAUAAUCACCAGUGGAUGUUCAAUAAGAGCUGUUCUCCUAUUGUGGAUGUAGUGAUAGAUCCUUACCUUGUAUAUCAUCUUCGACCACAUCAAAAAGAAGGGAUCCUAUUCCUAUAUGAAUGUGUAAUGGGAAUGAGAGUGAAUGGCAGAUGUGGAGCUAUUCUUGCUGAUGAAAUGGGUUUAGGGAAAACAUUGCAAUGUAUUUCACUCAUCUGGACUCUACAGUGUCAGGGACCCUAUGGAGGCAAGCCAGUAAUAAAGAAGACACUUAUUGUCACACCUGGGAGCUUGGUGAAUAAUUGGAGGAAAGAAUUUCAAAAAUGGCUAGGAAGUGAAAGGAUCAAGGUAUUUCCUGUUGAUCAGGACCACAAAGUAGAAGAAUUCAUCAAAUCUCCAUUUUAUUCUGUUCUUAUCAUCAGUUAUGAAAUGUUACUUCGUUCCUUGGAUCAAAUUAAGAAUGUUAAGUUUGAUCUUCUAAUCUGUGAUGAAGGGCAUCGUUUGAAGAAUAGUGCCAUUAAGACAACUACAGCCCUCAUUAGCCUUUCUUGUGAGAAAAGAAUAAUUCUAACUGGUACUCCAGUUCAGAAUGAUCUUCAAGAAUUUUUUGCAUUAAUUGAUUUUGUAAAUCCAGGAAUAUUAGGCUCUUUGUCAUCUUAUAGAAAAAUAUAUGAAGAACCCAUCAUUUUAUCGAGACAACCUUCUGCUUCUGAGGAAGAAAAGGAGUUAGGAGAGAAAAGAGCAGCUGAACUUACUUGCCUCACUGGACUCUUUAUCCUUAGAAGAACCCAAGAAGUCAUAAAUAAGUAUCUUCCACCUAAAAUAGAGAAUGUAGUCUUUUGCCGACCAGGAGCACUACAGAUUGAGCUUUAUCGAAAGCUGUUGAAUUCUCAGGCUGUCAGAUUCUGCCUUCAAGGGUUGUUAGGAAAUAGUCCUCAUCUAAUAUGUAUAGGAGCUCUUAAAAAGCUGUGCAAUCACCCCUGCCUUUUGUUCAACUCUAUAAAGGGAAAAGAAUGUAGCUCAACGUGGGAUGAAAAUGAAGAAAGGAGUCUAUAUGAAGGCUUGGUAAAUGUGUUCCCUGCUGAUUACAACCCUCUCAUGUUUACCGAGGAAGAGUCAGGAAAACUCCAAGUGCUGUUGAAGCUCUUAGCCGUUAUCCGUGAACUUCGUCCCACUGAAAAGGUGGUGUUGGUGUCCAACUACACACAAACCUUGAAUAUUCUACAAGAAGUAUGCAGGCGUCAUGGAUAUGCUUUUACAAGACUUGAUGGACAAACACCAGUCUCUCAAAGACAGCAAAUUGUUGAUGGCUUUAAUAGUAAAUACUCUUCUGAUUUUAUUUUUUUGUUAAGUUCAAAAGCUGGUGGUGUGGGACUUAACCUUAUUGGAGGAUCUCACUUAAUUCUGUAUGAUAUUGAUUGGAAUCCAGCCACUGAUAUCCAGGCAAUGUCUAGACUAUGGAGAGAUGGUCAGAAACAUCCUGUACAUAUUUACAGACUCCUAACCACAGGUACAAUAGAAGAAAAGAUUUAUCAGAGACAAAUCAGUAAGCAAGAUCUUUCAGGGGCAGUUGUAGACCUAACCAAGACCUCUGAACAUAUCCAGUUCUCAGUAGAGGAGCUUAAAAAUUUGUUUACAUUACAUGAAAGUUCACAUUGUGUUACCCAUGACCUGCUUGACUGUGAAUGUACAGGAGACAAAGAUCAUACAGAUCCUCUACCAUAGGAGGAAACCAUUAAGGAGAAGCUUUGUGCUUUCUUGGUAAGGCCCCAUUGAACAUGGUCAGGAGGGAGAGGUAGCUAUGUUUCCCCCCAGGAUUAGCUUUGGAAAUCAUUCUCUAAUUCAUGGGCCAGCAACAAAAGGUAGCACUGAGGUUGCUGUGGGUACCAUGUUUUUCUUCUUCCUGACCUUUAUGCUCCCUUCUACUCAGAGGCAAAGCUAAGACAGCUCACAGGGAUACCAGGAUCCAUAGUCUGUGAGGAAGGGCCCAUGCCUCUGGCAUUCCAACUGGACUAAAGGACUUUGCUCAUCCCACAGAGCAGCCCCCAUUGUGCUCACUCUCAUAGUCUAUGAGAAGCUCAUGGAGAUGAGAUUAGGGAAAGAGGGAAGAGUUAAGCAAGUGUAAGAAAGCAAGAAGGAGGUGAUUGGUAUGCCAAAGCUCCUGUUCAGAUUCCAGUCUAGGGGCUAAUUUAUAAGAAUAAGCUAUGGGCCCCUCCGAACCUCUGACUCAAUCCUGUGGUGCUAGAGGGUAUCUGUGCAAUGCCCUGUGGCAAUGCCCAAGGUGAUGGACACAUGGUAGUUAAUACUGGGGCAUCCUUUUUUUUUUUUUUUAAGAAAAAAAAAUUGUAAGUUUAUUUAUUUAGAGAGAGCGAGAAUGAGAGAGACUGUGUGGCCAGCAUGCAUGAGUGGGGAAGGGGCAGAGAGAGAGAAGGAGAGAGAGAAUCUCAAGCAGGCUCUGCUCUGUCAGCCAACCCGUGAACCCAUGAGAUCCUGACCUGAGCCAAAAUCAACAGUCGGAAGCUCAACUGAGCCACCCAGGUGCCCUGGGUGUCCAUUUUUAGUCAUUUGGUAAUUUAGCUCUUAUCACCAAAGGAAAAACAAUUACUACCUUUUCCCUCAAAACCUCAUUCUUCUCAGAAUAGAAGUCAAAGUCCUGACAAUGGCCUAUAGUCUGACAUACUCUGGCCCCAUUAUCUUUAUGACCUCAUCUCCCCCUCACCAACUAUACUUCAUUCCCACUGUCCCUCUUGUUAUUUGAAUACUAGGCAUGCUUCUGUCCUGGUGUCCUGGGACCUGGCCUAUAGAUCCUCAGCAACUAGUUGGGAAAUUGAAUUGAAGGAAGGAGUGGCCAAAGGUGCCUAACAUUUUCUAUGGAAAUAAGGGGAAAUGUGAGACAGGAAAAAGCCAUUUGAUGAGUUCUAAGACUUACUUUGUACUUACGGCACUGGAAAAAUGGCUUUUGUGUUCAGUUACACAGAUUGUCAUAUUGUCACUGGAGACAAAAUUCACAGGUAUGGUUGUACUCUUUUUUUUUUAAUUUUUUUUAAUGUUUAUUUUUGAGACAGAGAGAGACAGAGCAUGAAUGGGGGAGGGUCAGAGAGAGAGGGAGACACAGAAUCUGAAGCAGGCUCCAGGCUCUGGGCUGUCAGCACAGAGCCUGACGUGGGGCUCGAACUCACAGACUAUGAGAUCAUGACCUGAGCCGAAGUCGGACACUUAACCGACUGAGCCACCCAGGCGCCCCUGGUUGUACUCUUAAAAGGCAAUUAAGAAAGAACUAUAUGACUCAGAGCGUUGACUAGAUGCCAAAGAGCAUUGACGAGAUGCCAAAGAACAUUGAUGCCCAUUUCCCCCCCAUACACUAGGACCCACUAUUAACUAUAGAGCCUUAAAAAAAUACUGAACAAUCAAGAAGGCCCUGUUGCCUGUAUGCUGAGAUGGGAUUGAUCAAUAGCCAGAGUUUUCUACCACUUGCUAAGGAUGCAUGAUGCUUUAUAAAACUCUCUAGUUUAUAUAUUGUAACAUAUAUAACUAAUGAAGUUAGUUUGAGAAGCAAACCUUGUAAAUUCCCUCCCUAGUUCUAGAACUCACUCACCUCCAGUAUUUAGUUUCCAUGAAGUAAGUUAAUCUCCAAAGUGUGGAAAAGCCUUUGGAGAUCCUUGGUUAGAAUGUACCUGCAGAUAUAAGAAUAAUUUAACAUUAAAAAAAAUUUUUUUUUAAUGUUUAUUUAUUUUGGCAGAGAGAGAGUGAGUGAUCACGAGCCAGGGAAGGGCAGAGAAAGAGGGAGACACAGAAUCUGAAGCAAGCUCCAGGCUCUGAGCUGUCAGCACAGAGCCGAAUGCAGGGCUUGAACUCAUGAACCGUGAGAUCAUGACCUGAGCCAGAGUUGGACGCUUAACUGACUGAGCCAGGAAUUCCAGGCACCCAGGAAUAAUUUAACAUUUGAUGACACGGCGAAUCCAGAAUGAUUACCAUUCAGAUAGAAAGGGAAAGAUGGAAAUCUGAUUAUAGGAGAACGUUUUAAAGAUACCUACAUGAGACUUACUAUUAUUGAGACAAAAACCCUCCAUUUGUUCUCUGUGUAGCCAAGUAAACCUUUUGCAUUUCUGGUCUUCCUCUGGCUCCUGAAGCCACCAAUCUUUAGCAGCAAGUCUAGAUGCGAAUUCAUAUUGUCCUGUCUUGUGCUGCAUGGAAGCUCCUCAGUGAGCCAUCCGAGGAGGCAGUCCCAGUCAGUGGGAAGCAGGGAGACUAUGGCUUUUUUGGUUAUUGCCUUAGCUUAGAUUAGAGACCAUUUCCACUAAUUGUACUGGGGAACAACCCUCGUGGUUACGCUCCAUGAAGGAUGUAUUUAAUAGUGUCAUCUGAAGGAAACAAAUAGUGGACAGCUGUUUUAUUUUUCUGAAGUUCCACAAAGGAAGGAAAUUUCCAGGCUUAGAGAGAAAUCACAUGUAGUUGCUUCUUAUGAGAACUAUCAGCAUGGAAACAUCACUUCUGUCAUCCAUCGGGAAGCUGUUGUUGGGUGUUAGAGGGACGUCCAGUGGGCCUAAUGGCUGGUAUAAUUCUGGGCUUAUGAAGGAUUUCACUUUUUAAAAAUGAUUCUUGCAGUAUGUUUGUGCCUAUCUCAAGGGAACCAGAGUCUGAAUAUUAACUGGACAAAUAUAAGGUCAGCAUCAUUGCAGUGUGACUGUCAGAGCUCUGGUGUGGGAAUCAGCAGUCUGGAGAUUCUAGUCAGAUGGUCCCAUCGAUUUGGCUUCCAAUUGUAUGGAAGUCACUUAAUUUUUGCACUUUCUGGUAAUAAUAAUAAUGAAUCAUUUAUUGAUUGCUUACUAUGUGCCAGACAUUUUACUAAAUGCUUCGUAUGCAUUUCCCCUUCAUUUGUUCCCCUUGACAAUCCUAAAAUGAAUAUAUAAUCCCCAUUUUAUGGCAAGAGGGGAGAGACAUAGGCCUAGAAAACUUAAAUACUUUCCAAGAGCAAAUGCUGGUUAGUGGUAGAAGCUGGAUCUAAUCCCAGGUCCAUGUGGCUUUAGAACUCACUUGUAUGCACCAGCCUUAAACUUGCAAACUAAAUGGAAAUUUAAGGACUAUCUUGUAGUAGUCAUCAAAUGUGAUGGACUGUGGGCCUCUGCCUUUCAUACCAGGAUUACUUAUUCUCAGAUUAAGAUACAUUGGCCAGAAAAAUGAUCUCAAAAAAGCAAGAAUUUGGGAGUUCAUGAAGAAAAAUGCAAGUAGGAAUUGGAGACAAGGGAAAAGAUCAAGCUUAUUUCUAAAAGAAAAAAAAGAAAGGUGUAUCGUAGAUUUUUGAAAAGUAAUUAUUACUGAGGAUAUCCAUGAAGAGAUUUGUUAUUUUACCUAAUUAUUUGUCCUUAUUAAAGCAUUUGGUGGUCAAGGAAUACCUAUUGAUGAGUUGGAAAGAAAACAAAACAAAGGAAAAAAUGUCAUUCUGUGAGCAUGUCCUGCUGGUGGCAGCAACAGUUCACAGCACUUGUCCCUCAUUGCAUUAUGGAAUUACAGGCACGUCUUAAAGCACAGAGCUUCCUGUUUUUAUAAGAUUUCAAAUCACAGGCUGCUGUUAUGAUAGCUAUAAAAAUUGGCAAAUCAUUCUAGCUAUCCAUAUGACUGACAGGAUUAUUUUCCAGAACAUUUUAUAUUACCAGAGUUUUAGAUUCAUGUUUUCCCCCCCAUGGGUUGUUAGAAGGGGGUGGAUAGAAGGGGUCGAAAAGGGUGGGUAUUAAAUGAUUAAUUAAAGGAGAAGUGAGCAAGCCUUUAAAAAACUGAUGGAAUAGACCAUUGAAAUCGGUAACACCACCUUAGUUUAACUUCUGAUUUUGUUGUAAGGUGAAGAUGGGUUUCAUAAACUGACUUUUGCACAGGAUGAAAGAUUUGCUGUUUUAUUGAGAAUGUUUUGAGAGAUCUCCAAUAAUGGUUUUUCAGUUUUCUUCCGUAAACAUCAUUAAGGAAUUCUUUGACUUUCAGAUGGCUUUGAAAACAUGGAAACAUUAAUGUUUAUUCCAUAAGUACUAGAUGAUAAAUGAAUGUUUUGGUUUUUCUAUUUAUGCCUGAGGAAGGGCUCCUAAAGAGAAACUGAAAAUUUUGCAGCUUCUGAGCUUUGAUGAAGGCCAGCCUCAGGUCAGCAGCAGGAGCCGUCUCUCUUCGGUGUCCUCAGACACCCAAGUGUGGAAGGUUCUCAUGGUCAGAAAGUGAUGCUUUGACCUGGGCUUUACUUGGUCUCUGUGUGACUUAGGCCUGGAGGCUUCCCUACCUCUGAGCCUGGUUUCUGAUUCUACAGUGCUGCCAAGGAAGAAGACAUGGAAGGGCCACCUUUUCUGAGGCAGCAGAUCUCAUCUAGGCCCCUCUAGUGGAAGGAACAAACACACUGAGGCUUAGAGAUGUGUGUGCCUUGUAGGUGAAAGGGAUCUGCGUGAAUUGGAUCUGGAUGGAGCCAUCUGACAGGAAAAAUGUUCCUGGAAGGAACUCGACCUGGAAGGGCGAGUAGAGCCUUCAAUCAUUCCUACACCCUGAGAUGUUGAUGGCACCAGGCAGGUGCUCAAUGCAUGUGAAUGAAAUGAAGAAAUGAAUGAAUAAGGCAAAUAAUAUAAUGCAAGAGAACUUUUUCCAUUUCUUCAGUAAGGUGCUCUAUGUAUCAUUCACUUAUUCAUUCAUGUGCCAUACAUUGUUUGAAAACUUGUGAUAGUCUAGGUUUUUUGUUAAACACUUAGAUUCAGGGAUGCUUAUUUUCAUUUCUGCAGGUUUUAUCAUAUGUCAUUUUGGUGUGAGGAAUGAGUCUGGGAUCUAAGUUUUAGAAAAUAGUUGGCCAGUUGUAAUGACAACACUUAAAUAAUCCGUUCUUUCUCCAUUGAUAUGAUAUGUCACCCAUAUCCUAUAGGUUUAUUUCUGGACUUUUAUGAUGUCUUUUAAAUUAACAUGUGUUUACAAAAUUUAUUAGUAUUUCAUAGACCAAAUUUAUCUUUAGUAUUCUUUUUUUAAAAUUUUUUUAAAUGUUUUAUUUAUUUUUGAGAGAGAGAGAGACAGAGACAGAGUACGAGCAGGGGAGGAGCAGAGAGAGAGGGAGACACAGAAUCCAAAACAGGCUGCAGGCUCUGAGCUGUCAGCACAGAGCCUCACGUGGGGCUUGAACUCACAAACUGUAAGAUCAUGACCUGAGCCGAAGCCGGAUGCUGAACUGACUGAGCCAUCCAAGUGCCCCUAGUAUUCUUCUUUUUCAAUACUUCAUUGGUUGUUCUAUACCAAUUAUUUUUCUGGAUAGGCUAAAAUUAUUUUGUCAAUUGAUUUUGGGGGGAAGAUGAUAUGUUUACAGUAUUCAUUUGGGAAUGUAAGAUGUCUCUCUAGAUAUUUGUGUCUUCUUUUAUAUUCCUAGGAAAUGUUGUGUUGUUUUCAUUAUGUGGAAGAAAACACAAAACAUUGUUGGCUCCCUUAGCAGUUCAUAUCUCUGCUCAGUCUUCACC